AUGCCAGUUACUGUAACAAAAACCGCUAAAAACGAACCUUUAUUAAUACACAAUGGUUAUUCGUAUACAAUUGAUCGAAAAACUGAAAUAAAGAUUCUAUGGAAAUGUAGUUAUGCGAAAAAAUAUGCCUGUCAUGGACGAUUGCAUACAAAAUUAAACUAUGAAUUCAUUAAAACAGUUGGCCAACACAAAAACCAUAUUGGUAAUUCUCGAUGUGAAGCAACUCGUAAAUAUUAUGAACAACUACGACGGGAAUCUGAACAAAAUCAAACGAAUCCACAUAAUGUUUUAACACAGACAAAUAUCGGCGUACCAGAUGAGGUGCUUCUUUGCUUACCAAGUAAUCAUAAUUUAAAACGAAAUAUUCGUCGUUGGCGUCAAGAGCAUACUACUGAACCAACACCGACAAAUAUUGACUUUCCUGUUGUUCCAGCAAAAUAUCACUAUACAACACGUAAUACUUCUUUUUUUCAAAAAGAUACUGGACCAGGUUCAAAUCGAUUCUUACUCUUUUUUACCGAUGAACAACAAACCAUUUUGGAAAACGCCACAGAAUUUUUUAUUGACGGAACCUUUAAAGUUGUGCCGGAAAUUUUUUUUCAACUAUUUGCUAUACAUGCAAGUUAUCGUGACCAUGUUAUACCAGUAGCAUUUCUUCUUUUACCAUCCAAAAAGGAAGAACUUUAUCAAAAAAUGGUAGAUGAAAUUAUCCAGUUGAUUCCAGCAUGGCAACCACAUCGAAUUAUGAUGGAUUUCGAAAAAGCUACACAAAACGUUUUCGAACGUACAUUUCCAGCAGUUGAACUAAGUGGUUGCUACUUCCACUUCUGUCAAAAUGUUCUUCGUUUUUUACAAACACAUGGUUUUAAGCAAACUUAUGAAACAGAUGUAGCAUUUGCUGAUAACGUACACAAAAUUUUAGCGUUAGCAUUUAUUGAACCAACUAUGGUUAUCGAUGGUUUUGAAUUGCUAUGUUCCAAGCUUGAUGAUGAUUAUCAACAGAUAUUAGAUUAUAUAGAAGACAAUUAUAUCGGACGAAUACGUGGUCGCACAAGACGACAACCAUCUUAUCCGAUUGAAUUUUGGAACAUGGUAGCUCGCGUAAAACUUGAUACACAUCGUACUAACAACCACGUGGAAGGAUGGCAUCGAAAAUUAAAUUGUGCUUUUCAAUGUUGUCAUCCGACUUUAUGGACAUUCUUAGACAAAUUAAUUAGAGAAGAAAAUAACGUACAUGUAGAUAUUAUUAAUGCAAUGACAGGAAGACAACCACCUGCAGGAAAACAUGAACAAUUCAAUAGACGACGUCGACAACUUGUAGAAAAUCCACACCAAAAUAUUUAA